CACGGAGUUUGCGAAGCACAAGUGAUCGCGAAGGUUGGGAGAGCGUCUUGUGAUUUUGUUGUUGUUGGUUCGUUUGUGGUACUGUAAUUACGUGAAGCCGUAAGACCAGCAGACAAUGGAGAUGUGAUUAUUUCAGCUAACACACAGGCGGGGAGACGAUUUGAUUCUCGGAAACGAGCAGCUGUUGAAGAUGGCUGAUGUGGAUCCUGAGACUCUGCUGGAAUGGCUGAACAUGGGCCAAGGGGAUGAGCGUGAUAUGCAGCUGAUAGCUCUGGAACAGUUGUGCAUGCUGCUGUUGAUGUCUGACAAUGUGGAUCGAUGCUUUGAGAGCUGCCCACCACGCACGUUCCUCCCGGCACUAUGUCGCAUAUUCUUAGACGAGUGUGCUCCAGACAAUGUUCUGGAGGUGACAGCCCGUGCGAUCACAUAUUACCUGGAUGUCUCAGCAGAAUGCACUCGGCGCAUCGUUGCCAUGGAAGGGGCAGUACGUGCCAUAUGUUCCCAUCUUGUCGUGGCAGAGCCUGCCUCUCGAACGAGUAAGGAUCUCGCAGAACAGUGUGUCAAGGUUUUGGAGCUGAUAUGCACAAGAGAGGCAGGUGCAGUCUUCGAAGCUGGUGGCCUCAGUUGUGUACUGUCAUUCAUUCGGGAUAAUGGAUGGCGUGUACACAAGGAUACACUGCAUUCAGCAAUGGCUGUGGUAUCUCGGCUCUGUACGAAGAUGGAACCACAAGAUGCCAGCCUGCCCAGUUGCGUAGAGGCUCUCUCCACUCUCCUCAAGCAUGAGGACAGUCAUGUUGCUGAUGGUGCCUUACGCUGUUUUGCAUCACUAGCUGAUAGAUUCACACGCCGUGGUGUCGAUCCAGCUCCUCUUGCAGAGCAUGGACUGUGUAAUGAGCUGCUUACAAGACUGUCGAAUGCUGUUGGUCCUGUUGUUGCUCCUAGUGCUGCUAGUGGUACAUCUGGCACAACAGCUACAACUGUUGCCCCCGAGACCAAAUCGUCAGCCUCUGUAUCAACUAUUAUAAGCCUUCUUUCUACACUCUGUAGGGGAUCUCCAACCAUUACACAUGAUCUUCUGAGGUCAGAACUACCAGACGCUAUUGAAAAAGCAUUGAAAGGUGAUGAGAGGUGUUCCUUGGACUCAAUGCGCCUUGUGGAUCUGUUGCUGGUGCUGCUUUUUGAGGGUCGUAAGGCUCUUGCACGCUCUGGUGCAGGUGGCAGCCAACUCCUACCGCGGCUUCGUCGUAUGGACAGUGCCGGAGAGAAGACACACAGACAACUGAUAGAUUGUAUUCGCUCCAAGGACACUGAUGCCCUUAUUGAGGCCAUUGAUAGUGGAGGUAUUGAAGUGAACUUCAUGGAUGAUGUUGGACAGACUUUACUGAAUUGGGCAUCUGCUUUUGGCACACAGGAGAUGGUAGAGUUCCUGUGUGAGAGAGGAGCUGAUGUCAAUAAAGGUCAACGCUCAUCUUCCCUACAUUAUGCUGCCUGUUUCGGACGACCAGCUAUUGCUAAAGUACUUCUGCGCCAUGGUGCAAAUCCUGAUUUGCGUGAUGAAGAUGGGAAGACUCCUCUGGACAAGGCCCGUGAAAGGUCUGAUGAAGGCCAUCGUGAGGUGGCUGCUAUUCUCCAGAGUCCUGGUGAAUGGAUGGUUCCACAGGAGACACGCGAUGCCACAGAGGACCCAGGGACUUCGACAGCGGACUCUCAAUCGUCGUCGCAGGCAUCGGGUGCGGGUGGCAUUUCGGAAUCUGCACCUGCACCUGCAGCUGGCAGCAGCCGUGAUCAGGGCCAACAGUCAGAGCCUGGAGAUACAAAAUCACAGCAAGAGCAGCCAGAAACACAAUCCUCCUCACAAGAACCAGACUCGCAGCAGCAGCAGCAGCAGCAGCAGCAGCAGGACCAACAUGAACAAGAACAGCAGCCGCGACCAUCACCACAGCCACCCCCACCGCAGCAGCAGCAGCAGCAGCCACAGCAAUUGGCACAGCAGCAGCAGCAGCAGCAGCAAACAGAAGAGAGUUCAGAACCAAAGGGGGACCCUGAAAUGGCUCCUGUCUAUCUCCGAAGAUUGCUGCCUGUUUUCUGCAUUACUUUCCAGUCUACAAUGCUUCCAUCUGUCAGGAAAGCCAGCCUGGGUCUCAUCAAGAAGAUGGUACAUUACAUCCAGCCAAGCCUGUUAGUUGAAGUGUGUAGCCCCGAGUCGCCAACAUAUAACUUUGGUACAAUGUUGGUUGAAGUUAUUGCAACAGUAUUAGAUAAUGAGGAGGAUGAGGAUGGCCACCUAGUUGUGUUACAGAUAAUCCAGGAUUUGAUGACAAAAGCACAGGAUAUAUUUCUGGAUCACUUUGCCAAACUUGGAGUUUUUUCCAAGGUGCUACAACUUGCUGGUCCACAAGAUGCAGUGGAGAAGAAAGAAGAACCUCCUGAGGAGACAGAGCAACAACCACCAGAACCUGCUGUUGAGGAUGCUAAAGAGAUGGUUGCUGGCAAGGCUUACCAUUGGCGUGACUGGUGCUUGUGUCGUGGACGUGACUGCUUGUACAUAUGGUCGGAUGCAGCAGCACUUGAACUGUCAAAUGGUAGCAAUGGCUGGUUUCGCUUCAUCCUUGAUGGCAAACUCGCAACAAUGUAUUCGAGUGGGAGCCCUGAGGGAGGCACUGAUAGCUCUGGGAAAGGAAGAAACACAGAAACGCUCACAACUGAAGAGAAUCGAGGGGAAUUUCUUGAGAAACUGCAGCGUGCUCGAUCCCAAGUGAAGCCCAAUACCCCGAGCCAACCAGUUUUGACGCAUGCUGGGCCAGCUCGACUAGUAGUAGGGAACUGGGCAUUGUCUUCACGAAAAGAGGGAGAGCUUCAUAUACAUAAUUCUGAUGGCCAGCAGCAAACAACUAUUUUACGUGAAGAUCUACCCGGUUUUAUUUUUGAAUCAAAUCGUGGUACGAAACAUUCAUUCACUGCUGAAACUUCACUUGGUCCAGAAUUCGCUGCAGGGUGGACAGGAAAGCGAGGAAAACGGCUACGAUCAAAGAUGGAAGCUAUGAAGCAGAAGGUUAAAGUUCAGGCUCAAGAAAUCUAUGACAAGUAUUUCAAGGCAGCUCAGGCACAGCCCAGAGGAGUAGUUGCAAAGCUUGGGAACAUUGUGGCUCAAAUUGAGCUAGCAUGUCAGAAACAGCACAUGCGUGGUGGCGAUGCGUGGCGUGAUAAUCUCCGUUCUGCUCUGGGUGAACUGACAGCUCUUCUGCAGGAAGAAGGUCUGGUGUCAGCCUACGAGUUGCACUCGUCGGGCCUUGUUCAGGCGCUAUUGCAACUUUUAGCUACAAGUUACUGGGAUCAGGGCCAGCACUCACGCACCACAGCACGCCUGCAGAAGCAGCGUAUCCGAGUUUUUAAACGGUGUUUUCAGGACAAAGAUUCAGGUGUGAAUUCAGUGUCUGUCCUGGUGCACAAGUUGGUUGCCGUUCUCGAAUCAAUAGAGAAAUUGCCCAUUUAUCUCUACGAUAAUCCUGGCUCAGGAUACGGGCUGCAGAUACUCACAAGGCGUAUUCGAUUCAGACUGGAGAAAGCUCCGGGUGAAUCGUCAUUGAUAGAUCGCACAGGACGCUGCCUCAAGAUGGAACCGUUGGCAACUGUUCAGCAAUUAGAGCGCUACUUGCUGAAAAUGGUGGCUAAACAGUGGUAUGACUAUGAACGUACAAGUUUCUCUUUUGUACGACGUAUUAAAGAACAAGGGCGCAUUACAUUCUUGCAGCAACAUGAUUUUGAUGAAAAUGGCCUCUUCUACUGGAUUGGCACUAAUGCAAAGACAAGUCCAGAAUGGGUUAACCCAGCACAGUUUGGACUUGUAACUGUGACUUCAUCAGAUGGCCGUAACCUGCCGUAUGGACGUCUAGAGGAUAUACUGAGCCGUGACACCUCUGCCCUAAACUGCCAUACAAAUGAUGAUAAGCGUGCUUGGUUUGCUGUUGACCUUGGCCUCUGGCUUAUUCCUACCAGUUACACGUUGCGCCAUGCUCGUGGUUAUGGGAGAUCUGCUCUUCGGAACUGGCUGUUUCAGGUGUCAAAAGAUGGUGUAAAUUGGACUACACUUUAUACUCACGUGGAUGAUGGCAGCCUGAAUGAACCAGGCAGUACAGCUUCAUGGCCUUUGGAACCACCAGCUGAAGAAACUCAAGGAUGGCGCCAUGUAAGGCUGCAACAGGCUGGGAAGAACGCUUCGGGUCAAACACAUUACCUCAGUCUGUCAGGGCUGGAACUGUACGGGACAGUAACAGGCGUCUGCGAUGACCUUGGUAAAGCUGCAAAAGAGGCAGAGGCAAGUUUACGAAGGCAGCGUAGGCUGUUGCGGACACAAGUGCUGAAGCAGCUUGUUGUUGGUGCUCGUGUGGCCAGGGGGCUGGACUGGAAGUGGCGUGAUCAGGAUGGCAGCCCACCUGGCGAAGGCACUGUCACGGGUGAGCUACACAAUGGCUGGAUCGAUGUCACGUGGGACCACGGAGGUUCCAACUCUUACCGCAUGGGUGCUGAGGGAAAGUACGACCUUCGCCUGGCAGGAACACCUUCUGGGGCAGGGGUCUCAGAUGCCGACGCACCCAAGACGCCGACAGCUCCUGCUGCUACAGCAACACCAAGCAGUGGUACAACCCAGCAAACAAGCAGCAGUAAGGCCAGUGGAAAGAACGGAAGCAGCAGUGUUCUUGCAAGCCGCAAAUCUAGUUCGACUCCGAGCCUGCCUGACGCUACUGAGGUUGGUGCAGCACGGGCAUCUGUUGCAAGCACAGAACAAGCUGCAUCAGCUGAUAAUCUUGCAGCAAAGCAAGCAGCUGAGGCAAUAGCAGAGAGCGUACUCACUGUUGCUCGAGCAGAAGCAAUUGUGGCAGUAGCUGGAGAAGCCCAGUUACAACCGCAAGGCGAACUAUCUGUAGUGGUGCACGCUUUGAGGGAACCGCAUUCCGACCUGUCAGCCAUCGCUUCUGGUGAUCUGGCUACCAUCGUUGAGACACUGGCUCUUGGUGAGAGUGGCUCAGGAAGUGGACAGCUUCGACGACAGGCAAGUGAAGAUAAUAAGGGUUGGAAUGAACAGGGUCAAGGACGAUCAAAAUCAUCGAGAUCAAAAGCUGCUCUGGCAGCAGAAGCUGCUGAUGUACUGGACAAAAUGCGUGAAGGUGCAGAUUUGCUGCGUAACAACACAAACAGUUUUCUCUCUGGAGAACUGUUGCCAUCUUCAUUGCUUGGUUCCACUCAGCAGCCGCCUGUAUCAAUUGCAGGGCUAAUGGCAUCAGCUUUGGCUCCAUCAGUACGCAUUAGUGUUUCUGGAUCUGGUGGAGAAAGCACAGAUAGUACUAGCAGUGAAGAGAAAGGUCUGGGAAUACGGAUUAAAUCAGUAGCAGGUGGUGCAAAGAUUCCAUCUUCACAGCAGCAACAGCAACAGCAGCAGUCAACAUCAGUCACAAGUGAUGGUUCAGCUGCUGGAGGCAAGAAGGAAUGUGCUCCAAUGUCAGUAUCAGUGCCUAACCUAAGUGCAAGUGGUGGCUCCUGCUGUCCACCGGAGCGCGAAAGCCCUGCUGCCGCCGGUCUGCUAGAAACGUUUGCCGCUGUAGCUCGCCGUCGAGCCCGGCAGCCUGUUCCAGCGUCAUCUGGCGGUGGGCCGCCUACCUCUGGAAAUGCAGCAACUCUCUUCCCACGAGGGCCCGGUUCUGUUUCUGGCCUUGUUCGUCUAGCACUCUCUUCUAAUUUUCCAGGUGGUCUUCUGAGUACAGCUCAGAGUUAUCCCAGUUUGACAACAAGUGGUGGCGGGAGUGGUGGUGGAACAGGUUCAGGUGGAGUAUCAACAACCGCUGGAGGUGCGCCGUGCCUUAGUCAGGCACUUACUAUGAGUCUUACCUCGACCUCUAGUGAUUCCGAGCAGGUCAGUCUGGAGGAUUUUCUGGAGAGUUGUCGUGCUCCAACUUUGCUCGCUGAACUGGAAGAUGAUGACGAAAUCCCAGAUGCUGAUUGUGAUGAUGAGUGUGAUGAGAAUGAGGAUGACGACGAUGAAGAGUAUGAAGAGGUCAUGGAGGAAGAAGGAUACGAAGUUAGAGGUGGUAAACGACGCUCGUGGGAUGAUGACUUCGUCCUGAAAAGGCAAUUUUCGGCACUUAUACCUGCGUUUGAUCCACGACCGGGCCGCACUAAUGUUAAUCAGACAUCAGAUUUGGAAGUUCCUCCACCUGGAUCAGAUGAAAGUUCAAGUGGGGAGAGCAGUUCUAUCAGUGUUGGGAGCAGCUCAGAUGCAGAGACAGUGCCGCAGCCCCGCCUCAAACUAUCAUUACGAGGACCAAACCAGCACGGGGUUCCUGAUGUUGAAGUACCACUAACAGACCGUAACUGGACAAUAUUCAGAGCUGUACAACAGCUUGUCCAAAGUGCAGAACUUGGAACAAGGCAAGAAAAGCUGCGACGUAUAUGGGAACCAGUAUACACCAUAGUAUAUCGCGAAGAUGACAGUACACCUGGACAAGAGGAUCAACAAAAUGUAGAUUCAACACACCAGAGCAGUAUUCCUUCAAGUACUACUUCACCUUCUACUCCUGCGACACCAACCAUGCCGCCUGCCUGCAGUGUUGAUGAUGUGCUGCAACUUCUCAGGCAUCUUUUUGUCAUCAGCACAUUUAAAGAUGAAGAGGCAGAGAAUGAAAAUGAAAUUGAAGACAGUGAAGGUCACUUAGCUAUUGAAGAAUUCACUAGUAAGAAGAUAACCAAUAAAUUGCUGCAACAGAUACAGGAUCCUCUGGUGCUGUCAUCAGGGGCCCUUCCAUCGUGGUGUGAAGAACUCAACCGAUCUUGUCCAUUCCUCUUUCCCUUUGAGACAAGACAGCUAUACUUCAAUUGUACUGCAUUUGGCGCUUCAAGGUCGAUCGUCUGGCUUCAGACACAACGUGAUGUAACUCUUGAGCGACAGCGAGCACCAGGUUUGUCUCCCCGCCGAGAAGACCCUCAUGAAUUCCGUGUGGGAAGACUGAAACAUGAAAGGGUCAAAGUUCCACGUGGUGAGAAGCUCCUAGACUGGGCUGUACAAGUCAUGCGUUUGCAUGCUGACAGGAAGAGCAUCCUUGAGGUUGAGUUCCAGGGUGAAGAGGGCACAGGUCUGGGCCCAACUCUGGAAUUUUAUGCGUUGGUAGGUGCAGAACUUCAGCGCUGUGACUUGGGGCUGUGGCUGUGUGAUGAAGCUAUAGACACAGAGGCCUCAGACAGUGCAGUGUAUGACACAGCUGUCGCAGAUCUCGGUGGUGUAGCACGACCGCCGGGCUUUUAUGUACGGAGAUCUUCAGGUCUCUUCCCAGCACCAUUACCUCAAGACUCAGCAGCAUGUGAUCGUGCAACGAAGUACUUCUGGUUUUUGGGUGUGUUCUUGGCUAAAGUGCUACAGGACAAUCGACUUGUUGACCUGCCACUGUCACAGCCUUUCCUGAAGUUGAUGUGUGGAGGCGAUCUGGUAAGCGGCAUUGGGCCUAGUUCCAAUAUACGACCCUCAGAUGAUGAUCCAAUGACAUCAUCUCUACUUUCUGAAGAGAGUGAAAAGGAGUUGGAACUGGAUCCUCCAAAACCAAUGUUCAUCACAGAAAGUAGACCGUGGUUUCACAACAUACUGGGCCCUGAGGAUUUAGCAGUUGUUGAUCCCGAACGUGGAAAGUUUCUGUCGCAACUAAGUGAAUUAUCGAUACGUAAAGCACGGAUAAUGCAAGAUAAUACGUUGUCUCCAGAGGCACGUGCCCACCAAGUAGCGAACCUUGCACUGUGUGGUGGAGUACGACUAGAAGACCUUGCUCUUACAUUUCAGUAUCUUCCAGGUUCCCGUGACUUUGGUUUUACUGCCAUAGAUCUCGUUCGUGAUGGUGCCGAUGUAGAGGUUACUCUAGACAAUGUAGAGGAAUAUGCUGAACUGACCACAAAUUUUUGCUUGGAGCGUGGUAUUGCACGGCAGUUAGAAGCUUUUCGUGCUGGAUUUAACAGGGUGUUUCCUAUGGAUAAAUUGAGGGCAUUUAGCCCAGAUGAAGUACGUGUCAUGUUGUGUGGUGACCAGAAUCCACAAUGGUCCAGAGAAGAUCUGUUAACUUACACUGAGCCCAAACUUGGAUAUACUCGUGACAGUCCCGGUUUCCUACGCUUUGUGAAUGUCCUGGUGGCCAUGUCAGCUGAAGAGCGUAAGGCGUUCCUGCAGUUCACAACAGGAUGCUCCUCACUACCUCCAGGUGGACUCGCAAAUUUGUAUCCACGAUUGACAGUUGUACGAAAGGUGGAUGCAGGCGAGGGUAGCUACCCAUCUGUCAACACAUGUGUGCACUAUCUGAAGCUGCCAGACUACCCAACAGAGGAACUGCUGCGACAACGUUUACUAGCUGCCACACGUGAACGUGGUUUCCACUUGAACUGAAUGUGCUCACCAGUGUCAUUUCUGUGUCUGUUAUACAACAGCAUGCCAUUGUGUAUCACUUGUGCUUUGGGGGGGGGGGGGGGGAGAAUAAGAUGUGAAAUGGGGCGGAGGAGGGGGGAUAAAUCACUGUCAGUGAGAAUUAUUGUUCCUUUAAAUACACAGGCAUGUGCAUAGUGAGAAUGAGACUUGUGUUAAUUGUGUAUUUUUUGUAGAAUUUCCAAAGUUACUGUUUUACUUUAAGAUGUCUACUUUAUUUUGUAUAUAAUUGUUUAUAGUCAAUAUGUUCAUGUACAAGGAAAGACUUAAACCUGUCAAUAAUA